AUGGAACAUCUGGAGAUGCUAAAGGCACGCGCAGAGCAGCGUAGAGGCACUCUGAUGGUGAAAGCUCUCAACUCUUUCAUGGAGAACGAACCAGGUACCCGAGAAGAGCCAAAUAAAUCGCCACCUCCUUCCACCACAAAGACACUGGAAGCCAUUGCCCACGCCACCGAGAUAGCAAACACAGAGCGUACGGAGUCCUCCGAACACAUUGUCGAACAGUUGACUCUGCAACAUAAAUUGGAAGACGAAAAUGCACUACUGACGACGGGCCGUACGCUAAACUCAAUUGUCGCCGACACCAACAACAACAACAAAGUGCCGAUGACACCCGAGAUUGUGCGACCUUCGAUGCCACGCAGAGACAGCACAAAAUCUAAUACUGGCUUGGUUCCGAAAAAGGAAGAAGAUCCACUCCGGCUGCGAGACCAAGUCGCAAGUAGUGCGAUGCAGUCCGCUGCAGACUUCAUUCGAACAGCCGUGGGUGCGGACGGUGUUCUAUUUCUCGAUGCUUCGAUGUCAAACUUUGGAGAACUAGCAGAUGAGGAGGCCAUCAACAACACGAAACCAGGACGUGAGCCUGAGCUUUGGACUAGCGACACGGAAGGAGCUGGUAGCGCUACGGAUUCACUUGACAGGCCCAACAACCAGGAAGAUGUUUCAAAGCCUUGCUCGAUCUUCGGAUCGUCUUAUGGAUUGGUACCAGCCAACUUCACACCACCUCACGCCGAGAUCCCGAAGAAGCUAUUACAAUCUCUGCUCAGAUGUCACAAGCACGGCAAAGUCUUCUUAUACGGCGCUGAAGGUGACUACACUUCCGAUACUCAUACAUCGGACGGAUCGAGCUUUGUCGAGAUGCAACCCACUUCUAUGACAUCCACUGCAGGCCGUGGCGCGAAAGACUCCUCGUUCCAGAGACGCAAAAGAUCAACAAGGUCUGCCCUUGGCAAGAAGUUGGGAGCUCUGUUCCCGCAAGCAAGGAGUCUGAUGCUGCUCGGCCUCUGGAACAUGUCCCGAGAUCGAUGGGAUGCUGGCUGUAUCGUGUAUUCAAACUCGCCGAUUCGAGUCUUCUCUCUCGAAUCCGAAAUGUGUUAUCUAAAAGCGUUCUGCGAUGUCAUCACUGCAAAAAUUGGACGACUGGAUGUAGAAAUGUCGCACAAGGUCAAGUCAGACUUCAUGUCAUCCAUCAGUCAUGAGUUGCGCAGCCCAUUACACGGCAUCCUAGGAACGGCUGAGUUCAUUCAUGAUCAAAUUCAUGACGACGAUACCGCGGACAUGAUUGGGCAGAUCCAAGUCUGUGGCCAGACUCUGCUCGACGUGGUGGAUCAUUUGCUCGACUUCUCGAAGGUCAACUCUGUCUCCAAGCAAAACAGGAAACAGCUUGAUCAAAAGAUCCGUAACCGCUCAGGUGGCUUGAGCCGGACCGAAACACUUGGAGGCAUGGUCGUUGAAAAGACGAAUGUUUUGCUUGAUGAAUUGACGGAAGAGGUUAUCGAUACAGCAGUCUACUCGUUUUGCUGCUCUAAGGAUAAUCAAACCUUGGAGCAGCGCAAAGUCACGGUCGUUACCGACAUCGACCCCAGCGCUCUAUCUUUGAGCUGCGUAAUUGCUGUUGGAGCUUGGAAGAGAUUGUGCAUCAAUCUCAUCAACAAUGCACUCAAGUAUACCGAGCGGGGUUAUAUUGUUGCUUCUCUCAAAUUGAUGCCUCCAAAUGAGAGGCAGAAGCGUUCUCGCGUACGAUUGACGAUUACGGACAGUGGCAAGGGUAUCUCCAAGGAGUUUAUGACGAGUCAGCUGUUCCGUGCAUUCGCACAGGAGGAUGACCUGUCAGAAGGCACUGGUUUGGGCAUGAGUAUGGUCGCUAAGAUUGUCAAGAACCUCGGAGGACACAUCGACGUGCAAAGCAAGAAGGAUGUUGGCACAACAGUUUCAGUCACUAUGCCGCUCGACGUCAAAGGAUCUGGAGAUGCGCAGCGCAUUCACAACCGUACCCUGUCAUCUGGGCCAACGAUGAUUUCCAUGCACUGCCUAGGCUUCGCACCUACCGAGCCACAUCGAGAANNAAAGACUAUCAUGGCCGGUCGUGACUUCCAGAUAGAGACACUCCGGAAAACAUGUCGACAGCUCAACGUCAUGGUGUCACCUUCGAGUUGGUCUGCACCUGGCAGUUUCGAUCUAGCUAUGGUCACCGAGGAAGACGUGCCAGAGCUUCUAAGACUUUUGCAGCCGACUUUGGUGAGGACGCCUCAUGCUGGUCCCGACACCGUGCGUGCGAUCCGGACGAAACCUCUUCUGGUCAUCUGUAGGAACUGCAGGUCUCGACGUGAGUUGAAGGAAUCGGCGUUGAAUCAAUUGGUUCACGGUCAAAUCGAAUAUGUGGCACAGCCUUGCGGUCCUCGCAAGAUCGCCGCCGCCAUCAGGAGAUGUCUCAGCAACACGCCUAGCGAUGAUUCUUGGUCAGAGAAUUCUAUCACGCCCCAGGCCAACUCGUUGCAAAGACCUUCCUCUGGUCCUGGUUUCCCCUUCCCAGCAAGACGCCCAUCAGAAGACCCUAACAUGCAAACACCAAGGCCGCCGUUGCCAGCCCCUUUCAGACAGGGAAGCCAUGAAGACAAGCCUCCAUCGCUUCCCAAAGACUCGCCUAUGGACGGCUUCGAGCAACGUGCGACUGUGACUGUUACGACAAAGACUACGCAAGUCAAGACGACGAAAAUGGCAACCGAGAUCGAUCCUUCGAAACCGACACUGCUGCUUGUCGACGACAACGUAAGUUCUUCGCUACAUGAACUUCGAGGAUCAACCUAA